AGUCUUCACUCCAGUGCUCCAACCACUCAGUCACAAGUUAUCUUGUCGCGUUCAGAAAGCGCACAAUUAUAUAAGUUUGUCAUGGGUUUCGAGAUUCCAGAGCCAUAUUGCUGGGAUGAGAGCUUCAAGGUUUUCUACGAUUUGGUAGAUGAGCAGCACAAGGGUCUUUUUCAAGGAAUCUUUGCUGUCGCUGAGAAUCGUGCGUGCAAGGAUAGUCUCAACAAUCUAAACAAAGUCUUUGGCGAACAUUUCGCCACUGAGGAGGAAAUGAUGGAGAAAGCCAAAUACGCUGACUACCAUUCACACAAAAAAAUCCACGACGAGUUUGCAGCUAGGCUUGGAAAGGUGGAGAGCCCUGUCUCAGACGACGAUGUAAACUGGGCCAAGAACUGGUUGGUGCAGCACAUCAAAGGGAUCGACCUCUCCUUCAAGGACAAACUGUAGAGGGGUGCAUAUAUAUUCCAUACCCUGCUGACCGUACAAGCUAAUUGGACAAUUAAUGAAGUAGCUAAAGUGUUAUCUUUUAACCUCGGAUAGACAAUACAAUUACACGAACAUUUAAUUUAGAUUGGUACAGAAUAUCAAAGGAAAUUUGUAUUUUAAUAAUAUGUUUUCUGUUUUGGAUAGCACUUAUGAUUGCAUGCAUAUAUAUUGGCACAAUGGUGGGCAAUAAAUACACGAAAUGUAAGAGAAUCACUCAAAACAAAAUUUAUUAUAGUUUAUCGUGUUAUUGUAGUGCGUCGGUGUGUGUAUAAAUUAAUAAAGCUUGACAGGUGAUGAUCAACUCUACGUA